AUGGCACAUGCCUUGACACUUCUGUUAGAAAGUCCUGUUCUUAUUGCGGCCAUUUUCAUUAGUGGCAUCGGUGGGACAUUCCAGUUCGGCUUUCAUAUAUCUGUCCUGACUUCACCUUCUUCUUUCAUAAAGGAGCUGGUGAACACCACAUGCCUGCAGCGGUAUAGUAUAUCCCUGGAGCAGUGGGAAGUGACUCUCAUCUGGUCCUUCAUCGUCUCCAUCUUCUGCAUCGGGGGCCUUCUCGGGUCCCUGUGUGCCGGCCGCCUUUCAUCAGCAUAUGGGAGAAAGAGAUGCCUGUUGUUGAACAACCUGUUUGCCAUUGGCGGUGCUGGGAUGAUGCUGUUGAGCAAAACAGCCAUGUCCUUUGAGAUGAUCAUGGUUGGACGUUUCCUCUACGGCAUUAAUGCAGGUGUUGGCCUCAGUGUCCACACCAUGUACCUGGUGGAAUGUGCCCCCAAGAGGCUGCGAGGGAUAGUGGGUGUGUCUGUUGCCACCUUUCUGUCCAUGGGGAAGUUCUUGGGUCAGCUUCUGGGGAUCAGUGAGUUACUGGGGACAGAGGACAGGUGGCCCUGGUUGCUGGGCUUCAGUGGUGCGACCGCCCUGCUCCAGCUCGUCACCCUGCCCCUCCUCCCAGAGUCACCCAAAUACCUGCUACUGGACCGGGGCGACUGCCAGGGCUGUGAGAAGGCCAUCCACAGGCUGUGGGGCAGCAGAGACCACAGUGCGGAGGUGGAGGAGAUGCUGCUGGAGCACGCCUCCUUGAAGGGAGUCCGCAGCCACACUGUGUUGGACCUGAUCCUGGACCAGGCCAUACGCUGGCAGCUCCUCACCAUCCUCGUCGCCUUCACCACCCUGCAGUUCAGUGGCAUCAACGCUGUGUACCUUUACUCAUUUGACGUGUUCCGUGCGGCAGGGAUCCCCACACACCAGUUACGCUAUGUUGCUUUGGGAACCGGUCUGUGUGAGGUUUCUACCUCCAUUGCCUGUGUGAUGGUGAUUGAGAGCACAGGAAAGAAGCUAAUGCUCUAUAGGGGUUACCUAUGCAUGGCAGUUACCCUGGGUCUCCUGACCCUUACACUCUACCUGCAGAUCCAAGUCUCCUGGAUGCCUUACUGCAGUAUGGUUCUCAUCUUCAUCUUCAUCUUCUUCUUCUCCAGUGGACCAGCUGGAGUGACAGUGGCUCUACCUGGAGAAAUCUUCAACCAGUCGUUCAAAUCAGCUGCCUUCACCAUUGGCUGCACCCUCAACUGGCUGGGCCUCUUCCUCCUGGGGAUGCUCUUCCCCCUCAUAGUGGCGAAUUUGGACUACUUUUGUUUCCUGAUUUUCUUCAUCUUCUGUUUCCUGUCUGGGGUGUUUGUGUGGUACAACGUGCCUGAGACCAAGAACUGCACCAUCAUGGAGAUCACGGCCGCGUUUCAGAGGAUGCAUCCCAACAGGGGAUCCUCGGGGGAGGGAAAGACGAGAUCUCCUGAACCCAGUCAUAUCAAGGCAUGCACAACCACCAAAUUCUGAACACUUGCCAUAAUCAAUGACAGUGUGUCUGACUUGCACAUUGUUUUGUCGUUCCUGUUAAAACAUUGUCUUUGUGAAAACCCCUCUGUUAACAUUUGCCCCACACACCCAUGCCAUUUCCAGUCUGCUGUCAUCUUGAUUGCAAAUCAAUCAUUUUGACCUUUAGGAUGGUAAGCAUCAAAUGAUAAAACUGUUACCUCUCUGGGUCACCUAUUAAAGUAGUUUUAGUAGUGUGAGCAGGCCAAGGUCUCUGUCAUUAUCAGGCUCUGGCCCCAGGCAUACAGACACUAAUCAGGGAGGGAGAGGUUUUACAUUUACAUUUUACAUUUUAGUCAUUUAACAGACGCUCUUAUCCAGAGCGACUUACAGGAGCAAUUAG